GCAACACAACAGCUGAUUGCUAUCAAGUAAACAAUUAAUUACGUUUUUGCGGUGCACCAGAGGAUUGCGUUGGGAGUGCUUUGUUGGUGGGCAGAUCACGUAAUUGGAGGCGCCAGCAUGUGCACUCUGCAGCCCGAGGAGGAGGCCCACCUGUUGGCCAUGGCCAGCGGAGGACAACCAACGCGCACGGCCAGUCCAAGGCCACUUGACAUCGCCUCCACUGCAGCACCACCAACGCUGUUUGAUGUCUGUUGGGACGAUGUGCUCAUCCCACAGGUUGCCGUCUACCUGUCACUCAAGGAUCUCUUUAACCUGCGCUGCUGCUCCCGUACCGCACAAUGCUUUGUGGAGGCUGUGCUGGAAAAAAGGCAGGAACUUCAUCUUUCUGGGAACAACUCGAAAAAUAUGGACGUGGGCUUUCGAGUGCUGGCCCGCUGUUGCCAGCGAUUGGAGGUGCUUCAUUUGGCCCGCUGCCGGUGGCUAACGGAUGAGCUGCUGCUGCCACUGCUGGCCAACAACAAGAAACGCCUGUGGGCCGUCAACCUGAACGAAUGCGUCAACAUCACAGCCCUUUCGCUGCAGCCAAUAAUCGUAGAGUCCAAAGAGCUGCGCGUACUUAAGCUGUCCAAGUGCCAGUGGCUGACCACAGGAGCUGUGGACGCUUUGACCCUGCAUCAAAGCAAGCUUGUGGAGUUUGACAUCUCCUAUUGCGGCGCAAUUGGCGAGCGCUGCUUGAUUAUCUUUUUCAGAAAACUUAACAAACUCACCGUCCUGUCGCUCGCAAACACGCCCAGUGUCACCGACCAGGUACUCAUCCAGAUCGGAAACUAUUGUCGCGAACUGGAGCACAUCAACCUGAUCGGAUGCGCGACCAUCUCCGAUUUUGGCGUGCACGCUUUAACAGUGCACUGCUUGCGUCUACAGACCUUGCUCAUCCGCCGUUGUCCGCGGGUCACGGAACGCUCCUUGGCACCGCUUAGGCAGCGGCGUCUUUACAUCGAUAGGCCACAGCAGGACUUGGGCCUCAACGCUUACAACUUGAACGACUUCUAUCCCAGCGAUUUUCUUGUUUACUAGCCCACACUUCGUUCUCCCUCUUCCGCAGCGCCCUCACCUCGAGUUGCCCGUUGCUGCAGUCACUGAUGGUGCAACGCUGCCCAUUGGUCACCGAGCGUGUGCUAGCCCCACUCCGUGGACGUGUACACAUCGAUCGGCCCGGCAUGGGCUACAUGCCAACAGUGCGACAUC